AUUAUGCGGACUCAUCGUCUCCGCCGUCAUCGUGCUCAACCCACCGGCGGCCGCCGCCGUGGCCGAGCCAAAUCCCCACCGGCGAUGUGCAUCGCAGCGUGGGCAUGGCAGUCCCAGCCUGAGCACCACCUGCUUCUCCUCUUCAACCGCGACGAGUACCACUCCAGGCCGACGCGGCCGGCGGGGUGGUGGGCCCCCGGGGAGGCAGAGGGGAAGGAGAUCCUUGGAGGCAGGGAUGAGCUCGGCGGCGGCACGUGGCUGGGGUGCACGAGGGACGGGAAGCUGGCCUUCCUGACCAACGUCCGGGAGCCCAGCACGCUGGUCGGGGCCAAGUCCAGAGGGGAGCUCGCGGUCAGGUUCCUGCAGGGGAACCAAUGUCCAUUGGAGUAUGCAAAAGAAAUAGCCAAGGAAGCAGAUCAGUAUAACGGCUUUAACCUUGUAUUGGCUGAUGUGAACUCAGGAAAUAUGGCUUACAUAUCUAAUAGACCUGAUGGUGUUCCGGUGGUUCAAAAAGUUCUCCCUGGGUUUCAUGUGCUUGCUAAUGCUACACUUGACUGCCCUUGGCCAAAGAUGUUGCGCUUAGGACAGAGUUUCAACAGAUAUGUUACAACACAUGAUGGUGCAGAAUUAUCUUUACAUCAGAUGGUUCAAGAGUUGAUGACAGAUACCGUUAAGCCUGCUAGAUCUGCGGUGCCUGAUACUGGCGUUGACCCUGACUGGGAAUACCAGCUAAGCUCUAUAUUUAUUGACACUGAAAAAGGACUGGCACGAUAUGGAACACGAAGCAUGACUGCUCUUGCUGUGAAGUUCAAUGGCAAAGUAACUUUAUACGAGAGGUACUUGGAGAGCAAUCUGUGGAAGGAGAAUCUCAUGCAAUUUGAGUUGGAGAUGACACAGUUGAAGGAUGUGAGAGGAACUUCAAAAAUGUCUCCAGAGACUCGCUGACUGAUGAAAAUUCUUUGGUUGUCCUUAUAAUUUUGGCAAAAUUAUAACCAAGUAAAUAUGGGUAAAUCUUGGGAAGUACUGAAAUUGCGACGUUGACAAGCAAUCACCCUGUGCAGAUGUACUGAUGUAACACCAGGAGUUGAUAUUUCCAUUGUGAUUUUAAGCAAUAAAGUGAUUCUUUGAUCC